CCACAACAUUCCGUUACAAUUUUUUUUUACUCUUAUUUAAAUGUUAGUAUGUAUUAAUCGUGUUUACGUGUUUUAUCGAAACUUCCAUAGUGCCAGUGAAAACUAUCGUUUCUCUCUCAGUUGUGUAUGCUAAAAAGCCUUAUUGCCUUUGGAUAAAAAUUAAGUAAUACCAGGAUUUCAACAAUGGCCAGUGAAAUUAAUGUUGAUGCUCUCCCGUGUAUUGAUCAAGGGUAUGACGAUUCAAGCAUUCUUGAAGUUGCGAUUAGUAUGGUAGAAGAUGAAAAACGUAAUUACAGGCCAUCGAAAAACUAUCUUGAACAUUUGCCAGCACUCAAUAUAUCAGUGUUUGAAACAGAAAUGAUGCGCGCAGAGUUUGAUAGACUAGAGAGGCAUUUACCUGUGAAAAUAAUGAAUAUGAAACGCUAUGAGCUACUUCCACCGCCAGCUGGACAACUUGCAGAUAUGUCUGCUUGGAAUGAUUGCUUAGAAAAUUCAAUGGCUCAACUUAAAAAUCAAGCUACAAGAAUUACAAACCUAAGACUGAUGACGGAUUAUGAUAUAGAUGCUUGGGAAUCUUAUUUAGAAGUUAUAAUAAAAUGUAUUACUGCUUUGCAGACACAAGUAACUAAAUUGAAAAAACUUAUUAAAAAAAUUAAUUUCCAACAAUUGAAUGUGCAGUUGCAAAUAACUGAACAAUCACGAGAAUUAAAAGCCAAUUGGGUAGCAUUGGUAAACAAGUAUUAUGAAAUAGAAUUGGCAUGUGCUAAUUUGGAAAAACAAAUAAGAACUUAUGAAUCAGCCAAACCACAAAGAAUGAAUACAGCAGAUUAAAAAAUGUUAUUUUAACUUUUUUCAUAAAUAUGAAUAACAAUAUUCUCAUUUACUAUUUUUUCACA